AUGGCAGCCUACCACACCCGCUCCAAUAGCUUGCCUUCUAGGCAACACCCUCUCAUUUCGGAAUUCGAAGAUCAGUUGUGCAGAUUGAGGUCUUCUGACGAAGCCUCUUCGUCGGCAACCUCACUCGCCUGCAAGCUAAGUGAACUUCAAGAUCUGCACGAUUGUGUUGACAAGUUGCUUCUACUACCACUAAAUCAACAAGGUUUGAACAAAGAACAGAAUGAGAAAUUGGUUAAUGAGCUUUUGGAUGGAUCUCUUAGACUCCUGGAUGUAUGCAACGCUGCCAAGGAUGCCUUGCAGCAAACAAAGGAAUCCACACAAGAACUUCAAUCAAUUAUUCGCAGAAGACGCGGUGGUGAAUCGAGUCUAUCAAGUGAGGUCAAGAAAUUCUUGAACUCUAGGAAAACGGUGAAGAAGGCACUCCACAAGGCCAUGGAAAACAAAUGCACCUUCAGUCUUCUUAACAAGGAUCAAGAAAUUGUUAGCAUGUUGAAAGAGGUUCAGUCAGUUACUCUUGCAGUUUUCGAAUCAAUGUUUUCCUUCAUCUCCGGACCAAAGUCAAGCAGCUGGUCAUUGGUUUCCAAGUUGAUGAACUCUAAGAAAGUAUCUUGUGAGGAAGCCAACAAAUUAAACGAAUUCGCAAACGCAGAUGCCGUAUUGAACAGCUUGCUGAUCAGCCAAAAGUCAAAGAAAUCGGAUAGCACGCUUGAAGAGAAUGCACAAAACGAGCUUCAGAAAUUGGAAAUGUGCAUUCAAGAUCUAGAAGGAGUUGAGAGCUUCUACAGGCGUUUGAUUAAAGCCAGAGUUUCUCUACUAAACAUCCUCAACCACUAG